CCCGUCAUUAAGUUGUUCAUGGACAAUUGGGUGCGUGACUUUGGACUGCCAAAGACUAUUGUUAGUGAUAGAGAUGUGCGUUUCACAAGUGAGAUGUGGAAGAAGGCCGUUGAACAGAUGGGCAGCCAGCUUCAUAUGACUUCUGGGAAUCGUCCCGAAGCAAAUGGGCAGACUGAACAGAUGAACCGUGUGGUGCAGCAUCUGCUGAGGCAUUACAUCAAGCCCAACCAGGAUGACUGGGAUGAGAAAUUUCCUCUCAUUGCCAGCCUGUACAACAAUGCUGUACACAACACCACCAACGUUAGUCCUAAUCAGUUGCAUCUGGGAUGGAAGCUUAGAUCUGUUCUAAACUUCCUCCUGCCUGAAAACCGAACUGCUGCAGCUCCCGGAACCAUUGAAUUUGGUGUCCAGUAUGAGAAAUUGUUGCAGCGGACUGUCGAACACAUCAAGAAAUCUCAGGAAGCUAUGAUUGCUUAUGAGAACAAACAUCGUCGGCAGUCCACAUUUCAGGUAGGGGAACGUGUCUGGGUCAAGGCUAGUGAGUUGGGACAUGAGUUUGGCAUCUCUAGGAAACUAAUGCCUCGGUAUUUCGGUCCCUGCGAAGUCUUAGACAUUGUGGGGAAUGAUCUGGAUGGUCCCUCGUACGUCAUUCGUAUCCCUGGUCACCUACGCACUUACCUUGCUUUUCACGCCUCCAAGCUUGCACCUUUCGUUGAGACAGCAAAGUUCCCAUCACAGAGAUCUAUGCUGCCCCCAACCAUGGAUGGCCAUGUCGACGUCGACGACAUCCUGGAUCACAGAGAUACGCCUGUUCCCAAGUCACCUGGCAGGGGAAGACCUCCUAAACCCGCAAGGGAAUACAAACAGGGCUCAUCUGUGGACAUGGUCGAUCGUGAUGGCGGUGAUGAUGGUGGAGGUCUCCUCCUUAACUUGGAGAAGCUGGAGACGAAGGAUGGUGGAGAUCUGACGGCGCUCGUACUCUAUCACUAUCCGUGCUCCGAUGGUGUGUCUGGUGCUUUGGCUGCCCAUCUUUAUCAUAAAGCAAUAGGAGCAAAAACGAUCUUCUUUCCUCAUCCUGUGUAUCUCCCUCCGAUGUGGAGCGACCUUCUCCCUCUCCUCGACGAUGCCGAUAUCAUCUACUUGAUCGACUUCUCGGGACCGCGCGGAUUCGCGUUAGCCUUGGCCCAAAAGGCGGCACCCAAAGCGGUUGUCAUUCUGGACCACCACAAGAGCGCCGCUGAGGAGCUCCUGCGACCAGGCAGAGAUCCGAUCAGCGACAAUCUUUUCCCUCUCAUCGACAUGAAUCGAAGUGGGGCUACCAUGGCCUACGAUUACUUCUUGAAGAAGUUAUUAAACAGGACCCACUGUGGAGUCGAUCGAAAUGAGGACACUGAGGGUACCGGGAAAGGAGAGGGAUACGGAAGCCAGGCGCAGUCUUCGGAUUGUGGCAUGUCGGAGUUGUUGGGGUCCAAGUCUGGUGUGGGGAUGAAGGAUAGAAGUGCAAUGCAGCAGAUGGUGGACAUGAAGCCGUUCUUUGCGUAUAUUGAAGAUGCUGAUCUCUGGAGAUGGAAGCUUCCAGCGAGCAAGGCUUUCAGUGCCGGGCUUAGGGACCUAGACUUAGAGUACGAUGCCCGGUCAAACCCCAAGAUUUUUGACCAGCUGUUAUCACUCGAUUUCACAGAGUUGACUAAAAGCGGUCAGUCCGUGCUUGCUGAGAGAGAAGUCAUUCUAGGAGUUUUGGUUAACGAUGCGUUCGAGAUUGAGAUUAGGACCGAUAAUGAAGGGGGAGGGGACUCAGAAGAAGAGGGACGAGUAGGUGGAGGAGUAAGGGUGUUAGGGAGAUUACUUGCGUCCCGUGCCGAUGGGAACGCGCAUUUGCGUAGUGAACUAGGGAAUCGCCUUGCAAUGAAAGCCAAGGACCGUGGAUUACGAGCGAUGGGGGCAGUGGUCUAUGCUGAACCACAGAUGAAGGAUGAGAGCAAGUUUAAGGUCAGCCUCAGGAGUUCUACAGCUGACGAGGACACGACAGAGAUAUCUCAGGAAUUUGGGGGUGGAGGCCAUGUCAAAGCAAGCUCUUUUAUUGUUGAUAGGGCUUUGUUUGACUCAUGGAGAGUGUUUUGAUGGUUUUUUGACCUUUUUUUUACCCCCCCCCCCCCCCCUCUUUUUCCCCCUUUUUCAACCCUUUUCCCCCCUUUUUUGACCUUUCUUGACCCUUUUUUUUAAUACCUUUCUGGACCCUUUUUUUUUUAACCUUUCUUGACCUUUUUUUGACCUUUUUUGACCUUUUUUUGACCUUUUUUUGACUUUUUUUGACCUCUUUUCGACCUCUUUUUGACCUCUUUUGACCUCUUUUUGACCUUUUUGAACCUUUUUUUACCUUUUCUUGACCUUUUCUUGACCUUUUUUAACCUCUUUUUGACUUUUUUGGACCUUUUUGGAUUUUGACCAUUUAGCAACAUCACAUCCUUUGCAGGCUCAAAGAUAUAUCAACCCCUGAAGUUGGUGGAGAGAGUCUUGUUUUCCCUCGUAUCCAUUCAAUUGCGCUCCAUGUCACCAUCCUUCAUGUAGUUGAUUUUCACAUUAAUGCUCUGUUACUGC